CAGGCGAUGUAAACAGUUCCGCGAAAACAAUGAUUGCGAACGGACAGCAUAACUCAAGGUGGCGCCAUCGCUCCUUGGCCAGUUACCUCCUCCUGGCCCUGGGACUCUGCCAAGGAUCGGGAUUCGCCUUCGCCCAACCCGAAGGACGCGUGGUGGGCGGCACGGCAGCGUCGGCUGGUAGUGCUCCCUACAUUGUGUCCAUGCAGUACGGUGGCACCCACUACUGCGCGGCUAGCAUCCUGAAUGCCAACUGGCUGGUAACUGCCGCUCACUGCCUGGCCAACAGAAACCAGGUCCUGGGCAGCACACUGGUGGCCGGCAGCCUUGCGGUGGCCGGAACAGCUAGCACCACCCAAAAACGGCAAAUAACUCACUAUGUGAUCAACGAUCUGUAUACCGGCGGAACCGUUCCCUACGAUAUCGGCCUGAUCUACACGCCCACCGCCUUUGUUUGGACCGCCGCAGUGGCUCCUGUCAAGCUGCCAGCGGCCGGCGCCAGGCCAACGGGAUCGGCCAACCUCUUCGGCUGGGGCAGCACCAGCAAAACCAACAGCCCCUCCUAUCCGAAGGUUCUCCAGGAGGCCAAGAAUAUUCCCAUCAUUAGCCUCGAUUCCUGUGCGAAGGCAUUGGGCACCAAGGGUCAGGAUGUCCACAACACGAACCUGUGCACGGGACCUCUAACUGGGGGCACUAGCUUCUGCACCUCGGAUUCGGGUGGUCCUUUGGUCCAGGGCAAUGUCCUCAUCGGCAUUGUGUCCUGGGGAAAGCUGCCCUGUGGUCAGGUCAACUCGCCGUCGGUCUAUGUGCAGGUAUCCUCGUUUAUUUCCUGGAUAGCAGCCAAUCAAAAGAUAUGAAUUCCCGAACUUAAAAUAUAAGCUGAAUAAAGUAUUUUCAAAAAUUU